UCCUAGGCUGGCAAAGCGCACAGGCUAAGUGCUGAGGAGCGGGAGCAGUUGCUGCCAAACCUGAGGGCUGUGGGGUGGAACGAGCUGGAAGGCCGAGACGCCAUCUUCAAGCAGUUCCAUUUCAAAGACUUCAACCGGGCUUUUGGCUUCAUGACGAGGGUGGCCCUGCAGGCUGAAAAACUGGACCACCAUCCUGAAUGGUUUAACGUGUACAACAAGGUCCACAUCACCCUGAGCACCCACGAGUGUGCUGGCCUUUCGGAACGGGACAUAAACCUGGCCAGCUUCAUCGAACAAGUAGCAGUGUCCAUGACCUAGGCCCUGCCCUUCCUCUGUGAAUUCUUCAGGGGAAGGGGGUGACUGAAUCGGAAAUCCAGGGAGGGAACCGGGGAGCCCUGAGAUGUUACUGCAGCCAGAACGGCCAAGUGGACCCUGCCGCCUCCGGCUAGGGGGAGUCCUUGCUGUGGAAGAUGUCCCCAUCACCGCCGACCUUUCCUCUUCUUCUUCCCAGGCUGUGUCCUGCUCCCUUUCUAAUUCUUUUCCCAGGAAGCUGUGUCUAAGAUGCACCAAGUCUUAUCUUAGAAACCGGGACCCUGAAGUCAACCCCACCGUAUGUGACAGAAGCACCUGCGCUUUGACGCCUCAAAUAAAACUCGUGUUUCACUUGG